AAUAUUUUUAGUGCAUAGAAUAGUAAUAAUGGCUUUAUUGUGUGCUGUUUUUAUAAUGUUAUUUAUUUCAUGUGAAGCAAAGUUGCAAUUACGUAAGGACAUAAAUAUAACGGCUCUUUUUGCUUUUGGAGAUUCAAUUGUGGAUCAAGGAAAUAAUAACAAUUUAAUUACUCAUGCAAAGUGUAAUUUUUUACCUUAUGGAAAAGAUUUCAUGGGUGGUAAUAAACCAACUGGAAGAUUUAGCAAUGCCAGGACACCAGCAGACAUGUUAGUUGAAGAUUUUGGGAUUAAAAAGCUAAUGCCAGCUUAUCUAGAUUCAAAUUUAAAAGUUGAAGAUUUAAAAACUGGAGUAAGUUUUGCUUCAGGAGCUUCUGGAUUUGACCUUUUAACUCCUAUUGUCGCGUCAGCUUUACCCCUAUCAGUACAAUUAGCACUUUUUCAACAAUAUAUUUGGAAGAUGAAUGGAUUUAUUGGUGAAGAAGCAACAAAGAAUAUUGUUAAAAAGAGUCUUUAUAUAGUAGUUGCUGGAAGUGAUGACCUAUGUAAUACAUAUUUCAUGCUCAAAUUUCCAAGGAAGAUACAAUACAAUGUUGACUCAUAUACAAAUCUUAUGGUAGAUGGAGCUUCCAAUUUUAUCAAUGAUUUGUACAAUAUGGGAGGAAGAAGAAUUUGGAUAUUUGGGCUUCCACCAAUAGGGUGUUUGCCAUCACAGAUACUGCGAGGUGGAGGUCCAUCUAAAAUUUGUGUCGAUGAAUACAAUCAAGCAGCCCAAAUAGCAAAUACCAAAUUAUCAAAUAAAAUUUAUUCAUUAAACAAAAAAUUGCCUCAAAUCGAGCUUCUUUACAUCAAUAUUUACGAUCCUUUACUCGAUAUCAUCGUCAACCACGACAAAUAUGGUUUUGAAGAUGCAUUGAGUGCGUGCUGCCAAGGAGGGAAUGUGUACUUAUUAUGUGACAAUAUCACAAGAAUAUGUGAAAAUGACGCAAAUUAUUUAUUUUGGGACAGUUAUCAUCUCACUGAGAGAGGUUAUAGGGUUCUCCUUGAUCAAAUCUCCAAUUAAUAAUCUUAUUGUAAACAUUAAUUAUAUAUCAAG